AUGAAAAAGCAAAACGGAGAACUAUUAGAAACCGGUUUGGUUAUCAUAACCUUCUCCUCUCCCUAUUUACCAGAUGAACUUUCAAUAGGCUAUGAAAAAGUGAAAAUACGCCCCUACGUUCCCUCACCCAUGCGUUGUUAUAACUGCCUUCGCUACGGGCAUAUAACAAAUACAUGUAAAAACGAAAAGAUUUGCCCCACAUGCUCUAGCCCCUUCCACCUUAAUACCGAAUUAGAACAAAAAUGCACACAACAAAAAGCCUGCAUCAACUGCGCCGACAGCAUAAACGAAACAAACAGCUAUGGUCCACUCGGCAAAACCUGUCCAGUCUUUAUGAAGGAAAAGGAGAUUCAAGCAAUUGUAACAUUAGAAAAAGUGGAUCGGAAAAAAACCAUAGCUACAUAUAAACAACGUCAUCCUAACUCAGCUCCGUCUUAUUCGUCAAUAAUUAGAAACAACACAUCAAACGGUUUACAAAACAACACGAGCACACGGCACGAACAAAAUCACUUUUCACCAACAGACAGCAACAACCAUAAUCAAAGAAACAUUGUGAACUACUCUGAAGUAUGCGAAGAAGCAGAAAUUCAGCCACUAAUUACCUCACCAUCUCACUCAUCCACUACCACUACACCAUCUUCUAAACAAACAAAUAUCACCAUUCUUCCGAGAAAUAUUUCCAACAAACUAAAGCAACAGAUAAAGAAAAAACUGAAUGCAAAAGCAGAAGCCCGUGCAAAGAAAUCAAAGCAAAGCAAUAAAAGCGGCGACUCAGAAUUCUCUGAAACCAUGUCACUAGAUGAGGACACACAUGAGUUAAACCUAUAG